AACGACCACUUCAUUAGCAACCAUUCCCAACUAGUGGGUAAAGAUGAUUAUUAGCGACGAGUUUUGAGAAGUGGUGUUGACGAAAACGCGACCGUUUUGAGUAGGUUUGACAGUUGUUGACUGGCUGUCUUGCUGAGCCCUUGUUCUAUACUAGCAUGCGAUUUCGACCUCCCACUCCUUAUCCCAAUAAUCACAAUUCUACAAACUAAAAAAAAAAAAAAGAUAUUUUCCCCUCCCAUUUCCCACCCGGCCCCCGCCGGCCCUUCUUCCGCCACCCGCCGCAUUCCUUCCUUUCUCCCCCCCGCCGCCAUGGAUCCCUUCGCCGCCGUUACCAUCUCCCUCUAAUUUCGCCCUCUGUCGGCGGGUGGGUUCCUUUCUCAUGGUCAGAGAACGCGCAGUCUCAUCUACCCAUCUCUCCACACACACCAACAUCAUCGUAAGCCCUCCUUACUGCCGUUCCACACUCUAUAACAACUCGCUCUAGGCGACGACCCCCCCUUGCUCCGACGACGGACGAAUCUUGAGGCGGGCAGCCGCUGCGAUUCGGGGGGCAUCUAUCAAAUUCGGUAUUGCGUCAUCGGCGACCAGCCGCUUUACUUUAUGCUCUUGAAUCCCCCCAUCUGUAGGCUAGAACAAUAAGGGAUCUCGUUCUCAAUUUGUUGAAAACGCGAAAUCGGAGUGUCGGGAGUUUUAUGCGGGAAUCACUGGCAUAGCUCUUGAAUCUUCAUUUCUGCAGGGUAGAACUGUACUGAUCUCUUAUCUCAAUUCGUCGAAAUCUCGAAAUCGGAGGUUCAUUUCGGGGAAUCUCCGACUCUGGUAAGAUCCUGAUCAAUCCUAGAUCUUGCUGUUUGCUUGCUACUGUUAUUUGCAUGGUCUUAUGGCUGAAGAUUCGGUUGGUAACUCAUAAUAUCCAAUUAAUUUACUUUGAGCUUUUUUAUUGGGUGCUGUUGGUUGACUGGGUGGAGAAUCUUCAAGCUAUAUUUGUUUAAUCAGUGGGAAAUGCCUUUUUAAUCUAUUUUUUAAUCGCUAUAGUAUGCUCUUAUAGUCUGAUUCUUUUUUUACUUGCCAAACGAGACAUUUAGUCGCAAUAACUCGUGUUAACAUGUUGUGCGCGAAAUGUUUCGUCUCAAUGCCUCAUUUAAACGAUCCAUAAGUAGAAAUUAGGUUUAACAUUUAACGACGGUUUUGUCGCGAUGACUAGUGUUAACAUGAUAUGGACGAAAUGCUUCGUCAAAAUGCCUCAUCUAAAUGAUCCAUAAGUAUAAAAUUUGUUUUAGGUUCAACAUUUAACAACCAUUUUGUCGAAAUGACCCGUGUUGACAUGAUAUGGGCGAAAUGCUUCGUCACAUUGUCUCGUCUUAACGACUCAUAAGUAAAAAUUAUAUAUGUCAGGUUCAAUAUGCAGCAGGCUUAAAUUUUAGAUUCCAGUGCUGCAGUGCUUGUUUAUAUAUAUCUUUCUAUCACGCAGAGCUAUGAUAUACUUGUGUUACCAUUCAAAAGCUCAAGUUUUUUACUUCUUUUCACAGGUGAUAGUGCCUUUGUGAUCUAUGGUUUUCAUUGGCAUAGCUAGUACCUACUGCUUCUUCUUCCAUCUUGGCCAUUGAAGAAACUGAAGAACAUUGGAGCUGAACAGAAGCAGAUGCAAUCAGCUUGCUUUUAGCUGGGAUGAAGAGCAUUAAGAACAAACAGGAAGUUCGGUCAAACCAAGUAUCACUGGACUCUCAGAGUGAUCAGCCAAACAAUAACAAUCCAGAGGGCCCAGCGGCGGAUUCUGGUUCUCUGUCUGCCACCAGUAAUGAUAACAAAAAGGUUUCUCGCCAGGACAUUGAACUUGUUCAGAACUUAAUAGAAAGGUGUCUACAGCUUUACAUGAAUAAGGAUGAGGUGGUCAAAACCCUCUUGACUCGUGCAAGGAUAGAUCCUGGAUUUACAACGUUAGUAUGGCAAAAGUUGGAAGAGGAGAAUGCCGAUUUCUUCAGGGCUUACUACAUACGGCUGAAGUUAAAGAAACAGAUCCUUCUAUUUAAUCAUUUGCUUGAGAAUCAAUACCAUCUUAUGAAAUAUCCAGUACCCCCAAAAGUUCCUUUGGCUCCUAUGCAAAAUGGGAUCCACACAAUGCCUGUUAACAACUUACCUAUGGGGUACCCUGUUCUUCAACAACCGCCAAUGGCAGCUCCUGGACAACCUCAUAUGGACUCCAUGGCCUGUGGAAUAUCAAGCUGUCAUGUUGUCAAUGGAGUCCCAGCACCAGGAAACUUCCAUCCCAUGCGAAUGAACUCUGGAAAUGACAACAUGGUGAUUGAAACGAGUGCAGCACCUGAUGCAGUAGUUGCUGGUGCUGCUGUUACUGCAGCAAACAGCAGCAUGCCCGAAAUGGCGGCUGUAAGUCCUACAUCAGUGGCGUCGAGCGGCCAUUUCCCUUUUACAGCGUCGGAUAUACCAGGGAUGGGAGUAGACACAUCUGCACUCGAUACAGCAUUUACAUCUGAUGUGGCUAGCUCGGUAGGAUUGCAGCUGGGGCCCGACGGAGGUGCUGGAGGGUCCAGGUCACUUGAUCAGAUUCAGUGGAACUUUAGUCUCUCGGAUCUGACCGCUGAUUUAUCCAACUUGGGAGAUUUAGGCGCUCUAGGAAAUUAUCCUGGCUCACCAUUUCUGCCUUCCGAUUCUGAAAUCUUGCUUGAUUCUCCAGAGCAUGACGGCAUAGUGGAGGAAUUUUUCGUGGAUGCUGUACCGGGGCAGCAUGGCAACCAAUCAGAUGAGGAGAACCCGUGAGCAAGAAGAAGAGAUAGGAAGGUGAAACUAGGAGGAGGGGGACAGCCAAAGAGAAGUGGAGUGGUAGAUGAAUAAAAUUUGGCGCAUUGUUAUUACUGAGCUUCAUUAGCAGUUGUCAAAUUAUCCAACUUUCCAAACUUGGCAUUUUAGGAAAAGACAAUGUUGCAUCAGAAGACAAAGUAGACAAGGUUGGCUUGAACUUUCGAAAAAGAUUAAAAUGUGCCAAUUUUUAGAGCACUGAUCGAAAUUUGGCUCGACUUUUGGAUUGAUCGUUAAUGUUAUCGUCAACCCUUUUUUCCCAUUAGUGACUCAUCCUUUCAUCUUCCUCCAAUAGCAACCCUACCUAUUGCAGCUGCAGCAGAAUUGCUUUUGGAGUUAAGAGGUCAACAUGGCAGCAUAUUAUGUUGCUCCCAAUGUGAGCAAGCCCUAAUGCUUCAACAAGAGUAAGGUAUAAAGCUUGUUUCUUGUAAGCUGAGUAUUCUCCUCUUUUUGGUUACUUGUAGCAAUAUAUGUAUAUACAAUUC